GUUCCUUAUGUGGAGUUCCUUAGGUCAAUGCCCCCACGGUGUAGAUGUGCUCGACGAGGGGAUCAGCACGGAGGGCGAAGAAGUGGUGGCUCAGCAGGCUGCACCUGCCGCCGGCCUUCGCACGCUCAGCAACAAGGAGAAGAGGGAGCUUAAAAAGCAGCGGAAGCUGCUCGACGCGGAGCGCAGCCUUCGCAGGCCUGGCUGGGAGAAGGACCCAGACACGGUGCCGCUGGAGGUGUCCAACUCAGAGCACCAGCGCGCGGGCCUCGAGUGGAUCUGGGAGCAACUCGUAGCCAGGGCGAAGGAUGAGAGAGCCCGCUUCCCAGAGCAGUGGGACUGAGGGCGCCUUUUCGGGCCAGGCUGCGUUGUAGAGCGGCUUGGCCCCCUUUUCUCCUCUCAGGGUCGCGCUCACAGGUGUUUCUCUCGUGUGCUGCGCGUCCUUGGCUCGGACAGCUAUCCCCC